AUGGAGCAUAUCCCAGAUAGCUUCUUCCAUGAAGAUGUUAAGGUAAGCAUAUGGCCGUUGGUUUAAGUAACUUCCGGUAUCUUUGUAACAACUUGGAUCACUUCACCAUUCAUGUCUCGAAGGGAAACUGUGCAUUUUCUAGCCAACUAAUGACCAAACAUUAUAUAUUGUGCGUUUCAGAUACGAGGGCACCAAUACCUGGUAUUUACAUCAGAUAAGCAACUGUAACUGCUCCAACAGUCUAAGAUGUAGUAAAUAGACAGAACUUUCAAACUGUGCCAAAAGCCGUUUAUUCAGCUGCUGACCCUAAACGCCUUUGUAAAGAAUGAUGAUCACAUGAAGCAGGUGCCACUAAUUUUCAUCAUAAUGUCUGGCAGAAAACGGCGAGACUACAAAGUACUCCUUGAUGCGGUAACAUCCAUCCUCCCUCAUCCACCGGGAGUCACUAAGGUAUGCUGGAUUUCGAAAAAGCUGUUUGGAGCACUCUCCGCCAGAAACUCCCAGAUGUGCAGCUUAAAGGGUGUUCAUUCCACAGGACAGAAGCCCUAUGGAGAAAGGUAGGAUCAUAUGUCAAGCUGUUAAAUAAUUAUAAGUUUGCAGUUUCAAAAUUCUCAAUUGGCUAAAUAAAUCGGCAAUAAUUCACUUUAUUCUUGUUAGAAGUGUUUAGGGUCAGCAGCUGAGUAAACGGCUGGCAGCACAGUCUGAAAUUCUGUCUAUGUACCACUUGCUACCACAGAUAAGAGAAAUCCAAACUUGCACAGUCAGGUUCAGAACGAAACUAGUUUAUCAUUAAACCAACAGAAUAUUACAUUUUGCUUUCUAUUUUAGGUACAAGGGCUUGGAAUCCAAGAUGCCUACAGAAAUGACGGCGGUACCCACCAAUUCAUAAGGCAAGUUAUGGCUUUACCAUACCUCCCUGCUGAAAAGAUUGAAAUGAGAUUCCAUCAACUCCAGCAGCAAGCAACUGUCAGACCCUUACAGGAUUUCUGCAGUUACAUGCAUGAAAAUUGGAUCAGCAGCCAGACCUUCCAGACACAGACGUGA